AACGACUUCGUUUGGCCUAAGUCUCUCUUCGCCCAUCUUUUUGCGAUUCCAGCGCCACAGGCCCAAACAUGGCGAGAGCUCUCAGAAACAAGCCCGGUUUCCACCUCUUGGCUCGGUUUCUCAACUCGCCGAGUCCGGGCUUCCUCGGUAGCCUCAGAUGGCUAGAAACCAUAGCGUACGAAGAGGUUCGAGUUUCAACAGAGAGACCCUACAAUUCAACAGCUUUUGUGGUUCAUGGCCUCUUGGGAUCUGGCAGGAACUGGAGAUCUUUCUCCAGAAACCUCGCUGCCACGCUCUCUAAUUCCUCUUCCUCAUCUGAUUGGAGGAUGGUUCUUGUGGACCAGAGGAACCAUGGAAGAUCAGCUGAGGUAGAAGGUUUAUAUCCACCUCAUGACAUUGUCAAUGCUGCUCAAGAUUUGGCUAAUUUGGUGAAAUCUCAAGGCUGGGCUUGGCCAGAUGUUGUAAUGGGCCACUCUUUGGGUGGCAAGGUUGCACUUCAAUUUGCGGAAAGUUGUGCUCGUGGUGAUUAUGGUGAAUCAGCAGCAUUACCAAAACAGCUAUUGGUGCUGGAUUCUGUUCCAGGAAAAGUGAACCAUGAGAACGGUGAUGGGGAAGUGGAGAAAGUUUUGGAGACUUUGCAAAAUCUACCUUCGUCAGUUCCAUCACGAAAGUGGCUUGUGAAUCACAUGAUGGAGCUAGGGUUUUCAAAGUCAUUGUCAAACUGGAUAGGCAGCAACCUCAAGAAAUCGGGAGAACAUGAGACAUGGGCCUUUAAUCUUGAAGGUGCAGUUCAGAUGUUCAAUUCUUACAGGGAGACGGAUUAUUGGUCUCUGCUGGAGCAUCCACCCCAAGGGAUGGAGAUAACGAUUGUACGCGCAGAGAACAGCGACAGGUGGGAUCGAGAUGUGAUUCAGCGGCUUGAAAGCCUUGCUGCUUGGGAAGGAAACGGCUCUGAGGGAAAGGUUUCGGUUCAUGUUCUUCCAAAGGCCGGCCAUUGGGUUCACGUGGACAAUCCAAAGGGACUUCUCGAUAUUGUUGCUCCAAAAUUAGCCUCCCUAGGUUAGCCAAGGAAUAGUUUGGUUCAAAGGCGUUAAUCAUGGAGACCUAUUAUUUCCUACGGAGUCUAAAAGAAAAUGAUAUUUUUAAAAAUUUAUUCCAUUUCGCUGUGAAAUAAUAUGGUAGCGCAGGCUAUCAGUCAUCGUUUCAAGCUUUGUUUAUUCAAAACCAAAUUCUCUUUCA